AUGAGUCGCUGGUUCAGUUUCGGUACAACGAAGGAGGUUGAGCCUCAAACUGCCCGCGCAUUGCCCGCAUCAUGGUAUCGCUCCUCGGCCAUGUAUGAACUGGAACGACGAGCCAUCUUUUCCAAGAAAUGGAUAGUCGUAUCACACCAGGCAAGAUUCGCCGAAGUUGGUGAUUUCCUGCGUAUCACCCAGGCUGGCUUUACCUUCUUCUUGAUCAAAGACCGUCAAGGCGAGAUCAGGGCCCAUCACAAUGUCUGUCGGCAUCGGGCGUUUCCGCUGGUAGAGCAAGAUGCAGGACGAGUCAAUAUUCUAUCUUGCAAGUAUCAUGGCUGGUCUUAUGGACUCGAUGGCAAAUUGGCCAAGGCUCCAAAAUACCAAGAGGUUCCAACAUUCGACAAGUCAACCAAUAACCUAUACCCAAUACAUGUGCAUAUCGAUAAGCUUGGAUUCAUCUGGAUCAAUAUGGACGCCAGUGAUACCCCCACUGUCGCUUGGGACGACGACUUUGCUGGCGUUGACACUCAACCACGUCUUCAGCCAUUCGACAUGGAGGCCUAUCACUUCGACCAUCAGUGGGAGAUGAUUGGGGACUACAACUGGAAGACUUUGGCAGAUAAUUACAACGAAUGCUACCACUGUCCAACUGGACAUCCCGCACUCAAUGCCCUCACUGACCUGUCAAAAUACUGGGUUGAGACAUCUGGUGGUCAUAUACAGCACUUCAAUGUCGAUAAGCCCGAUAAAGAUGGCAUGGGUAUCUACAGUACUUUCUACUAUCCCAAUGCAUCCAUCACGAUCUCAAGCAACAGUGCUUCAGACGAAGAUUUUAAUGAGAUCAGCAACUGCUUCAAGCAAAUCCUCAAAGAAGACAAGGAUCUUUGCAAUGCAGCGCAGAAAAACCUGAACGCUGGUAUUUUUGUCAAUGGCGAACUUCAUCCUCGAGUAGAAAAGGGCCCCCUCUUCUUCCAGGAAACUACGAGGAAACUCGUCAUGGAACACCAUCAGCAGGAAGAGCAUGAAGGACAUGAAAUCUGGCCAGCGGCACCGAAGAAUGGGCAGUCAGGGAAUGGACAGGAUGAUAUUGACUUCUGCAAUAAGUUAGAAGCAUGUGCUGGGUCGGAGAGUCUCAAGUGGUGA